GAGAAGGAAAGAAAAAGCUUGCACUUUUGCUAAAGACAAAACAGCAUUUCGUCAGCUUCCAUUAAACCCUCUCUUCCUUUCUUUUCUUCAUUUCAUUGCAUUUCCUUUGCUUUCUUCCUCUUCUCUCUCUCUCUUCCAAUUAAUCUUCUAUCUGUAUAUCUUUGCAGCCCACCACCUUGGAAUCAAACAAACAGGAGCUCAUUAUUUCUUAUGUUCUUUCAUUUGACUAUUUACAACAAAAAUCUCUCAAUAUCUUAACUUUUUUUUUUGUUUGUUGGUUCUGCAUUCUGUUGAUAUGGUCUUAUCACAGUAGACCCAAAAAAGAAGAAAAAUAAUGGAUCCUGAGAGGCCCCAUCGAAGUACCAGCAUCAACAACAGCAGCAGUAGCAGUAACACAACAAGCACCACGAGCGAGCUCUUCAUUUGUUUCACUUCGCGCCUUUCUUCUUCCUCAAUGAAACUCUCUUCAAAAUCCAUCCUUAGUCCUGGCCGCACUAGGGAAUCUUCACAAAUCUCUCUUUCCUCAUCCCUUAGUAGGAGAUUGAAAAGUAAUGGUAGCAUGAAAGGUGGUCAAGCUUCACCAAUGUUCCCUACAAAUGGCAAAAAAAGAGGCUGUGCCUUUGAAAACCCUGAGCCUUCUUCCCCUAAGGUUACUUGUAUAGGUCAAGUUAGAGUCAAGACCAAGAAACAGGGCAAAAAGUUUAAAGCUUGCAGAUCUAAAAGAAGAGGGGAAGUUAGUUUCAGGAAAGUCGAUCAUAACAACGCCAACAAUGGAAGCAACAGUCUUGAUACAAGUAGCUGCCAGGAUUACAACAUGGGUCAUUUUCUGAGCAAUAAUAAUCAUCAUCACCAGCAACAACAGCAACAAGAAUGCAAGAAAUGGGUGCAUUUGCCAUUGACUAUUUGUGAAGCAUUGAGGGCAUUUGGGGCUGAGUUUAACUGCUUUUUACCUUGCAGGUCUUCUUGUAUGGCUAACCAAAGGGAUAAAGAAGAGAGAACAGGAGGAUCUGGUGGAAGUAAUGGGAACGGAAAUGGGAGUUCUUGUGGGGCUGUGUUUGCUAGGUGGCUUGUGGCAGUGCAAGAAGGGGAAGGGAAAGAGAGGGAGAUUGAGUUGGUUGUUGGUGGGGAAGAUGACGAGAGGAGGGAAAGUAGUGAGAUGAUGAGAAGCAGUCAAAGGAGGCAUGUUUUUGAGGAUAUUGAAAUAAAUGAUUGUGGUAAUGAAAAUGUGGGUGAUGAAGAAGCUAGGGUGAGUAUUUGCAUACCACCAAAGAAUGCUUUGUUGUUGAUGAGGUGUAGAUCUGAUCCUGUUAAAAUGGCGGCUCUCGCUAAUAAGUUUUGGGAGACUCCAGUGCCUAAAGAUGAAGAAGAAGAAGAAGAAGAGGAAGAGGAAGAGGAAGGAGCUGAAAAUAAAAGCGAAGAGAAAGAGGAAGAGAACCAAAGGGAUGUUGUGGAAGGGGAAAGAGAAGGAAGGCGAGUAAAAUUUGAGCAAGAAAUGGAACAUCAAGAAGUGAGUGAAGUUAGUCAAAUGUUUGUUUCUUGUGAAGCAACUGAAGAACAAGAAAUCCCAGAAGCUGAAGCUGAAGCUGAAGCUGUAGCUGAAACAGAGGCAGAAUCUGUUUUUGUUGGGGAUGAAGCUGAACUAGUAGAAGAAACUCUGGAAAGAAGCUUAAAAGAGGAAACAAUUAUAGAAUGUCAAGAUCAAGAGCAAGAAAAUGAAGUAGAAGAAGACCAGCAAGCAUCAACAACAAAUGAUGAAUUUUUACCAGAAGUUCCAUUACAUCUUGAGAAGCUACAAAGGGAAGAAAAUGUACAAGGAAGUGAUCAAGAAAAUGAAGAUGGCCUCGAAGAUGAGCAACAAGAAGAAGAAGUAGAAGCUGAAGAGGAAAAUGUUUUGGGUAAAGUAGAGGAAGAGUGUAAAGAAAAUGAGAACGAAGGAGGAGAAGAAGUGGAAGAUCAAGCUAUAGCUGAAGAAGCAGAAGAAGAAGAAGAGAGUUCAACAGUAGAGGAGAAAGAGGCUGAGACAACCCAAGAAAGAUCCGAACUUCAAUGCCUGGAAGCCCGGGAACCCGACCCGGGAGAUGAGUCAAAGGAGAGUGAAAGUCAACAGAAUUUAUUGCCAGAUUGUUUGCUGUUAAUGAUGUGUGAGCCAAAGCUGUCAAUGGAGGUAUCCAAGGAGACUUGGGUAUGUAGCACGGAUUUCAUCAGGUGGGUACCAGAGAAGAAAAAGCAGCCAGCCGUCAAGCAAAAGGACGGCGGAGAUGAGCCCAAAAGAAGACUCUGCAUUGACUCUAAACCCGCUCCAAUGUUGUUACAGCCGCCUAGGUCUUCCUGCUCUUUCCCGGCUGCUCCACCAAUGGCUAAGGCGGCUAAUGGAGCUGGCGGCGGCGGUUCCAUGGCUACCAUGAUUGAGCAGAAGCUUGUUGGGGGUAGUAAAGGCUAUGAGCCGUUUGUGCUCACGCGCUGCAAAUCGGAGCCGAUGAGGUCAUCGGCCAAGCUCUCCCCGGAUGCUUGCUUUUGGAAGAACAGGAAGCUCGAGCCGGCUACCCUUGGAGUUGGCGCCGCUGGAGUUGGUUUUUGAUGCAAGGUAAAAAAAAAAAAUGUGGUAAUUGGUAAGUUGUACGAGUAAAUGUUGUAGUUUUGAUCCUUGUAGACAGUAAAAAAUCUUUGGGGUUUGCUUUCUUUCCUGUUCUGGCUUUUGCUCUGUACAUCAAUUUUUAUUUGAAGCAAUUCUUUUUGUUUUCACCCUUUUUUUAGGCACUGUAAAAGCUGUAAAACAGUGAAUUUGCUCUUUGGGGUUUCCUUUUCAAGGGUAGCACAGUAAAAAAAAAAAAGGGGGUGUGAUUUUGAUCAUGGAUCAUAUUCUGUGGAUGAUGAAAUUAUUGAGAAGCUGAUGA